AUCUUUGUUUCAAAGCAUUCUCGGCUAUGGCGGAUGGAGGGAGGAGGCGAAAUCCCCCGGAGAGGUGAUCCUCGAGGUAGGGAUUAGCGCACCCUGGCACCAUGCGACCGGCAUUCCGGCCGCAGCAGGAGCAGAUCAUGAUCGCGGCGGUGUCCAAGCGCCGGGGAUUCUUCCUGCUGUGGAUCGCCUUCUUCCUCUGCCUCUUCGUCUACCAGAGCAAUUACAUCGCCCAGGUGAGUGGAUCCAAGAGAAUCGCGAGAGCGGUGCCCAGGCUCCGGCCAGUGGUCUUCAAUCUCACGGAUUUUGGGGGGAUUGGCGACGGCAGGACGAUCAACACGCGCGCAUUCGAGCGGGCUGUGGCUGAGAUCUCGAGCGCGGCGGCCAAAUCCGGGGGCGCGCAGCUCAAUGUUCCUGCUGGCGUGUGGCUCACCGCUCCAUUCAACCUCACGAGCCAUAUGACCUUGUUCCUCGAGGAAGAUGCCACCAUUCUCGCCACCCAGAGCGAGGACCUGUGGCCUCUCAUGCAGCCUCUACCAUCCUACGGCCGUGGACGAGAGCUUCCCGGCCCCCGCUAUGGAAGCUUGAUUCACGGCCAGCAUCUCGAGGACAUUGUCAUCACAGGACACAAUGGGACCAUCGACGGGAAUGGGAGGAAGUGGUGGGAGAAAGCCAAGCGCAAACAGUUGAAACACACGCGGGGACGUCUCAUCCAGCUCAUGUGGUCUCGUGGGAUCGAGAUCUCCGACGUGACUUUGAGGAACUCGCCCUUCUGGACUGUGCAUCCUUACGACUGCGAGAAUGUAACCAUCAGAGGCGUCACGAUAAUUGCUCCACCCGAUGCUCCAAACACCGACGGGAUUGAUCCUGAUUCUUGUCGGAACGUUUUGAUCGAGAGCUGCUACAUAAGCGUCGGAGACGAUGGUGUCGCUGUGAAGAGCGGAUGGGAUCAAUACGGCAUCGAUUACGGCAAGCCUUGCGCAAACAUCACCAUCCGGAACAUCCAAGUGAAUGCUCCUGUGAGUGCUGGAGUUUCCAUAGGAAGCGAGAUGUCCGGAGGAAUCACCAACGUAACAGUGGAGAACGUUUUCAUCUGGAACUCCAAGCGUGGAGUGAGGAUCAAGACGACGCCAGGAAGGGGAGGCUAUGUCACCCAAGUGUUCUACCGCAACAUCACCAUGGAAACCGUGAGAGUCGGCAUCGUGAUCAAGACCGACUAUGGCGACCACCCGGACGAGUUCUACGAUCCCACCGCGCUGCCGGUGGUGGAGAAGAUCUUCUUCGACGGCAUCUAUGGCAGCGAGGUGAGAAUUCCCGCGAGGAUCUAUGGCAGCAAAGAAGUUCCCGUCCGGGGGCUGGAGAUCCGCGACAUGAACGUCGGCGUGACGAGGAAGAAGAAGCACGUAUUCCAGUGCUCGUUCCUCCAAGGCGAGGUGUUUGGGACGAUCUUUCCAAAGCCUUGCGAGGAUCUGGGGACGAGCACGAGGCCGGGAGUUUUCAGAGAGGCAAAGAUUACUUCCGAGAGUGAUGGUGACGACGAUGCUUAGAAAUCGAAGGAACCACUCACGGUAUCUUGUUUGAGCAAGAAAAAAACGUAACUUUCCUCCAAAAAAGCUGACAGCUCGUUAGAAAACACUCGUAAGAGCUCUUGAUUUCUAGAUCUUUGAUUUAAAAUGAGAGUACUUACAGAGAAAAAAAAA